UCCCGGUUUAUGGCCGGCUGGGAGUGUGAGGGAGCAUGUGACGGCCAGUAGCCAGGAUGGGGUGAGGCGUUCAGCCAGGACCCACAACAUCCCCCCCCCUCCCCCAUCCCCAAGCUGCAAAGCUUCCAGCAAAAGUGUCUCCAGGCAAAGGAGUGCAGGAAAGGCUACAGUAUCUGGUUUCUCUGAACCCCAGCAAUGGGGAGUAAAGGGGCCCAGAGAAUCCCUGGCUACCUUCGGAUCCAGAAUCCAGGCUAAGAUGGCGGAAUACGAACAACUCGGCAAACAACUCAGAGGCCUGAGGGAAGAGCUGAAGCUUGUGUCUUACCAGGCAGAUACAGCAGCCAAGACCAAGAGAGCAGCAUUCACUGCAGAGAAUUUUUUUGAUCCACAAAGUUUUUAAAAUGCCAGAACUCACAGAAACCGUAACCAAGACCUUGAAUAAAACGACCGCGGGGCUGCAGAUAUGGAGGAUAGAGAACAUGGAGAUGGUUCCUAUUCCAGAAAAAACCUUUGGAAACUUCUUUGAUGGAGAUUGUUACAUCCUCCUCAUGACUCAUAAGACCAGCAGCACCUUCACCUACGACCUCCACUUCUGGGUGGGGAACAAUUCCUCUGUGGACGAGCAGGGAGCGGCCGCCAUUUACACCAUCCAGAUAGACGACCACCUGGGAGGAGUCGCCGUCCAGCACCGCGAGGUCCAAGGAUGUGAGAGCGACACCUUCAAGGGUUACUUCAAGCAGGGAAUAGUGUACAAGAAUGGGGGCGUGGCCUCAGGGAUGAAGCAGGUGGAGACCAAUACGUACAACGUAAAACGACUGCUACACGUGAAGGGGAAGAAGAACGUCCUGGCGGGAGAGAGCUAUGUGUCUCCAUGGUAA